AUGCAAUCAGAAUUAUUAGACUCCUCAUACGGUAAAGGAAAUGUUAAAUUCCUUAAGGUUAAAAAGAACCCCCAAAAUACUAAAGAACAGGAAAUCUUAGAAGCAAAUGUGCAGGUGUUAUUGAAGGGUGAUUUUGAUAUUUCGUAUACUAAAGCCGACAAUUCUCCUAUUGUCCCUACCGAUACCGUCAAGAACACUAUUUUGGUUGAAGCGAAAACCACUGAUGUGUGGCCAAUCGAAAGGUUUGCUGCUCAUUUAGCCAAACAUUUUACUGAAAAGUACGCCCAUGUUUCCGGAAUCGAAGUAAGCAUUAUUCAGAGCAAGUGGACUAAAUACGAAGUCAAUGGAAAACACCACCCACACUCCUUUAAACAUGAGGGGCCUGAAACCAGAAGAACAUUCCUUACCUAUUCCAAAAAGAAUAAGAAGUUGAAUAUCACCUCUUCAAUUAAGGACUUAACUGUCUUGAAAUCUACCGGUUCUAUGUUCUACGGUUAUAAUGUUUGCGAUUAUACCACCUUAAAGCCUACCAAGGACAGAAUCUUAUCUACCGAUGUGGAUGCAUCCUGGACUUUUGAUCCAAAGCAGAUUGCAUCUUUGGACCUGGUAUUUACUCAAGCUGAUAAGGGCUUAUUUGAUUCCGCUUAUGAUAGUGCCAGAAAGGUCACAUUAGACUUAUUUGCCUUAGAGAAUUCUCCUUCAGUUCAAGCUACUAUGUACAAUAUGUCUCAUAAAAUUUUGGAAUUGGUUCCUGAAAUUGAAACCGUUAGCUAUGCCUUGCCUAAUAAGCACUAUAUAUUAUACAACUUGGAAUGGAAGGGUAUUAAGCAAAAUGAUGAAUUAUUUUACCCAUCUCCAGAUCCAAAUGGUCUUAUUAAGAGUACUGUUGGUAGAAAGGUCAAGUCCAAGUUGUAG